AUGAGAGAUCGGCCCGUCAUCAGCAUCGAAAAUUACACCAUAAACUGCGACGAUGCUGAUGAGAAGAAAGUAGGCGGCUGCGCGAUAGUUGUGAGGAACUACUACAACAUCCUGGUGGAGGAACUUGGCUCAACGUCGUCUAGAUGCACCUUUGUACGACUGCGGGAUUGCAGGGGAUGUAAACUCUGGAUCGUAAGUCCCCACGCACCUACGGAAACCACUGAGGACAACAGUAAGAACACCUUCUAUAAUGAACUCAAAGCUUUAAUGUCUACAACACCCAGAAAGCAAGUGGUCAUUGUCGGAAUCGACGCAAAUGAGAAGAUGGGAAUUGAACAACAAUCAGGUGUUCUGGGAAAAUGGCAUUAUUCAGGGGGGGGCACGUCGGAUAAAGAUAACCGCCUGGUCGACUUAUGUGAACACCUUAUUGUCGCUUAUUAUCGGGAAUCAUCGACGCCAUCAGCUUACGUGGUAAACAUCAACCCUUUCGAAGGCUGA